AUGCCGUCUGAGGGCGGUGUUUGUGGGAAUAAAAAUGACGUCCUGACUCUUUGCUACUACAUAUGACAGUAGCGCGAGUGCAGAGCUUCAGCUUACUGUCAGUGUCAUUUGUUUUAUUUUUUUAACACUGCUUACAUUUACGGUGUUUUGUGAAAGCAAAAACCAGACACAUUGUGCGAGAAGUUCUAGAAGAAUCCACAGGGUCAGCGGGGCGCUUCCUGCCGGCGUUUAACUGUACACAGAGUACCAGACUAGCCAGAAACAAGCUAAUAAUUUGAAUUUUAUUUUAUUUUAUAUAUAUAAUACAAUAUUUCAGCUAGCAGUGAAACCGUGGAUAUGAGGAGUCUGCCGUACUUCUGCCGAGGACCGGUGAUUCGGGGAUUUGGAAGAGGAAGCAAAGAUCUGGGAAUCCCGACAGCAAACUUCCCGGAGUCUGUAGUGGACAGUCUGCCUGCAGAUAUCAGCACUGGCAUCUACUACGGCUGGGCCCGUGUGGACAACGGAGACAUCCAUAAGAUGGUGAUGAGCAUCGGCUGGAACCCCUACUACCAAAACAGCAAGAAAUCUAUGGAAACUCAUUUGAUCCACAAGUUUAAGGAGGAUUUCUACGGUCAGAUGCUGAGCGUUGUCCUGGUGGGCUACAUUCGCCCGGAAAGGGGAUUCAGCUCACUAGAAGAAUUGAUCACAGCCAUUCGCAGCGAUAUCGACGAGGCAAGAAGAUACCUGGACCUGCCCGAGCACAUAAAGCUGAAAGAAGACACCUUUUUCCGGACGUCCACAUCCACGAUAGACAAACAGAUCUUGAAUAAUCAUUAAAAUGUAACUUGAUCUAGUUUUAUCAGAGUGAAACCACUGUAACAUAUGCAUUGGUGCAUUAUUUUUGUAUUAUAGCAUCUUUUAGAAAGGUUUACACACAUGGUAUGGCCAGUGCAGGCACUGAAUUAAGUCGGUUAGUUCUUUCUGGAAGAUGAAACUGAGAGGUCAGGUUGCGCUGGUUUUAAUGAAGGCAAUGACGUUACCUCGGCCAGUUCAGAAACCACACGCGGUUCUUAUAGUGAGAAACCGGAAACUCCCAUGACUGAAACUUUUCUAGGCUCAGCCUUUACAGAUCACAAUCCAGAAGAUCUGAAAUCAGUCAUAUGAUUGGUUUCUUGCUGAAUCAUUUCUACAGAUGACAAAUUGCUGUAAAAUUAAAAUCGUAAAAGGC